CCGGCGCGCUCCGCCAGUGCGGAAGCGCUGCUGUCUCGGGGGCACGGCUUUCCUUAAAGGUCUGGAAUGCCACCCCACAGCUCCGCCGCGCCACGGCCAGAGGCGAGCUCUGGGCUCGCAGGAGCCACUACCACCCCCGCGGCAGCGCGGACGGCCAGCGUUCUCACCACGCCGCCGCGCCUCGCUGCGGAGGACCGGCCCCGCCCGGCCGCGAGGUCUCGCGAGAGCGCGCUAGCGCCCGUUGCUGCCCGGACUCGGAUCGCCGCGCCUUCCACGUCCUCAGAACCGCCCCUCCUACCCUUUUCCCCGCCUUCCAGUCGCGCUCCACUCUCGGAUUGGCUGAUGGGGCCGGCCGCCAUGACCACCAUCCAAGACAGUAAGGAUCCCCUCCUCCGGGGUGUGUCUCCUACGCCCAGCAAGAUCCCAGUACGUUCUCAGAGACGCCCGCCUUUCCUCGCAGUCAAACCGAGCGCCGAGGACCAGGAGAACCAAGAUCCAGGGAGUCUGGUGCAGAAGCCGCAGCUCAGUACUCAACGUACCCUUGUUGACUCAGCAGGCCCCAGGUCGAAAGCCACUCACCAAACAGAGAAAUCACAAAAGUCGAUGGCGAUCACUCAGCUUCGGAACCCCCUGGAGGAGCUCAGGCCUAGCCCGGGGGGACAAAAUGCGGGGCUUGGGCCCCCUCCACAGACAGAAGCUCCAGGGCCCAUAGAGUUUGUGGCUGACCCUGCAGCCCUGGCCACCAUCCUGUCAGGUGAGGGGGUGAAGAGCUGUCCAAUGGGGCGCCAGUCCAGCCUGGCUCAGAGAGUACUGAUUCGAGGGAGCCAGGGAGGUGCCAUCCGGCGGGGCCAGAAUGCUCGGGCCUCUGCGUACUUGGCCUCCAGAACCCCCAUCCACCAACCAGGCCCUGCCAGGGCGUCCUGCUUCUCAAGGCUGGAGGGAUCUGGACCCCGAGGUCGGACUUUGUGCCCCGAGAGGCUCCAGGCUCUGGUUCCACCUUCAGGACCUUCCUUUCACCCCUCCACCCGCCCUAGUUUACAGGAGCUCAGAAGAGAGACAGGGGGCAGCAUCCGGACUGCUUCCGUGAGCCAGGUCUCAGGAUUGCUCCUGCAAACCCCUGUGCAGCCCGCUUCUCUCCCUGAAGAACACGAAAGUGUCCCUCAUUCAGAUGAAGAAGGAGGGACCCUUCUAGGUCUGGCCCAGCGAGUACCUUUAGGAGAAACCAGAGAGACAGCACACCCCAGGGAUGCCCAUGACUCCCGCCUGAUGGCCUCCCCUGCCCCUGUGGCCCAGCCCAUGCCUGGCCGUGUGGUGCCACCUUCUGUCACCCACCCAUCACCCUUUGGACGGGCUCAGCGUGUACCCUCCCCUGGCAUCCCAGCUCUGACUUCAUAUUCAUUGCUGCGGCGUCUUGCCAUCCGACCCAAAACCCAGUUCACUCCAUCCACCCCCAGAGCUCAGCGGGCCCGAUGGUUGAGUGGCCUCACCCCUCAGUCCUGUCCUGAAGAGCCUGCUCUGCCCUGGGAGCAGAUUGCUGUACGGUUGUUUGACCAGGACAGUGGUGUAAGGUUGCAGGAGCAGCCUGGCAGACUAGCUGUGACAAGUCCUGGAUCACACCCGUAUGGAGCCCUCAACUUUCAGGAGCUAAAAAUGCAGCGCAUCAGUAUCCUGCAGCAGUUACUGCGCCAGGAGGUGGAAGGGCUGGCAGUGGGCAAGUAUGCCCCCCUUACUGGAGGCUGCUCUCUGGAUAUGGUUGAACUUCAGCCCCUGCUGGCUGACAUUUCUCGGACUCUGAAUGCCCCAGAGCAGAACCCUGGGACGUCCCACCUUCCUGGACUGCCACAACACUCUGAGCAGCCGGAGCCCUGCCCUCCAGAGGACUGCAGGGAAACACAGCCCUGCUCUGGGGCAAUGCAACCAGAGCGAGAGGUGACACAGCCAUACCCACCAACUGAGCCAGGGCCUCCAGAGUCUUGCUGUAGGGCCAGGCCAGAGACAGCGGAGCCCUCCUCCCAGGAGCAGCCUGAGGAAGCCAAGCCCUGCCCCCCAGCAGAGCCUGCACCCCUUCAGCCUAGGCCCCAGGGACAGUCUGCAUCCCAAGAGGCCUGCGCCAGGGUAGGGUUGGGGGCAUCUGAUGCCUGCUACCUGGAACCAGAAUGCCUAGAGUCCAGUCCAUGGAGCUGCUGCAGCCAGGGGGCUCCAGCAACCACCGACCUGACCUUCUCUUCCCAACGCCCCCUUUGUGCCAGCCCCCCUAUCUGCUCACUUCAGUCUCCAAGGCCCCCGAUAGGCCAGGCAGGUCCUGGCAGUCUGGCCCCUCGAACCAUGGCCCUGAGGCAGCGCCUCAAAGCGUGUCUCACUGCUAUCCACUGCUCCCAUGAGGCUCGUCUGGACGAUGAGUGUGCCUUUUACACCAGCCGAGUCCCUCCCCCAGGGCCCACUCGGGUCUGCACCAACCCUGUGGCCACAGUGCUCGAAUGGCAAGAUGCCCUGGGUUUCAUUCCGGUUGUUUCUGCGGCCCCACAGAGCUCUCCAUCCUGAGGCUCCCACUCUCCUGGCUCACCCCUUCCCUUUAGCCCUUAUUUAUUUGGUCUUCCCAUGGGACCGGGGGCCAACACUCUUGUAUCCUUUAAUAAAGUUUCUGCAGUGUCUGAAUGGCCA